ACAAAAACCUUUGUAAAAUGUCAACAAAGCCCAGCUAGUUGAAGUUUGCUUUUCCGAUUCAGUAUUCCCUGCAAAUAUAGGCUUGCAACGAGUACGAAUACGUCCAUUGAUCUCGUGGAAACUUAAUUUAGUUUCAUUUACUUGCUAUGAGAAGACCCAUAAUGCUUUUCAAUCAAGUAUGUAGUAGUGCGUUGAGUUAUCGAUUUUCGCCAUUGGCAGUGCAAAAUCUACUGCAAAUAAAACGCUGUAUAAGAAUGAACUCUUGGUUUAAGAAACGCCUAGAUUUUGGAAAUUACCAAGUCAUAGAAACCCCAGGUCAGGUCCUACAGGAGCUAAGAUGUGUUCCGUCCACAAUUAUGAAGCCUCCAUAUGCACAGGAUGGGAAAAAGAUUCCAGUUCCAGUUCCUGAGUCAACUAAACCUGAAAUAAAGUCCCAUACACAAAUAGAUGGUAUGAGAGCAUCCUGUAGACUUGCAAGAAAUGCCUUAAUUUAUGCAAAAGAAUUGGUCAUGGUUGGAACUACAACUGAAGAAAUAGAUAAAAAUGUACAUAAAUACAUUAUUUCUCAUGGAGCUUAUCCAUCACCACUGCAUUAUAAAGGCUUCCCAAAAUCUAUUUGCACAUCUGUCAACAAUGUUGUGUGCCAUGGUAUACCUGAUAACAGAGCUCUAGUUAAUGGGGAUAUCAUAAAUGUGGAUAUCACUGUGUAUCUGAAUGGUUUUCACGGCGAUGUUUCAGAGACUUUCCUCGUUGGUGACGUUGAUGAAAAAGGAAGAGAGCUAGUGGCAGUCACAAAGAAAUGUUUGGAUGAAGCUGUGGCAAUAUGCAAACCAGGCCGACCAUUUAACCACAUCGGUGAACAACGCGCUGUAAUUGAAGCAUGUGCCCGAGAGCAUGGUUUCCGGGUUGUUCCCGCGUUUACAGGACAUGGAAUAGGAUCUUACUUCCAUGGAGCUCCAGAUAUAUAUCAUUUUAAAAAUACUGUAUUGGGUCUAAUGGAAGCAGGACAGACGUUCACAAUUGAACCUGCAAUUGCUCAAGGAAGUUCUCAGUGUAUCAUACUCGAAGACAAGUGGACUGCGAUAACAUCAGACGGAAGUAGGGCGGCUCAGUUUGAGCACACUGUGCUCAUCACCGAAAGUGGCGUAGAAGUGCUCACCUCAAAGUGACUUUUACUUGAUGGAUAGACCGUUCUUCAAUAUGUCGACACAAAUGAAUUAAAUACCUUGGCGGGCAAAAUGAUCUUCUCUUAAGAUGCAAACUAAAGCCAAAAAUCGGUUUACUUCCCGUAAGUAAAGGAUUGUUGAAUUGUUAAGUUUAAUAAGACUUAGACUCUGAUGAUCAAAUGCAGCACCAUCAGCAUCUUUUGUCCUGCAACAACCACGUAUGAUGUCUGUCAGCUGCAAAAAACUAAAUCUUUUUGAAGUGGAAAUAAUACCCAUAAAUGCAUGAGAUGUCAACUACAACAUCUAUCAUGUCGCAACACAACUCGUAGCUUUGCAUGUCGACUGGUGAAGAGUCUGUAGCAAUAUAAAUCUUAGAAACAA